GGGUCAGAGGGCGUCAGACUCUAUUGCGUGAGACACCACACUGCGUCGGAGACCGAGGCGCGGCGGGUGACUACUUUCUUUUCAUAAACUUCAUUUCGUUUUUACCAGCAAGAAGAGAAUCCUCUUUCCGUGCCUAGCACAGCCAUGGCUCGUGGUCCCAAGAAGCAUCUGAAGCGUGUAGCAGCUCCAAAGCAUUGGAUGCUGGAUAAACUGACCGGUGUAUUUGCUCCUCGUCCAUCUACCGGUCCCCACAAGCUGAGAGAAUGUCUCCCUCUCAUCAUUUUCCUAAGAAACAGACUUAAGUAUGCCCUAACAGGAGAUGAAGUAAAGAAGAUCUGCAUGCAGCGGUUCAUUAAGAUCGAUGGCAAGGUCCGAACCGAUGUGACCUACCCUGCUGGUUUUAUGGAUGUCAUCAGCAUUGAUAAGACAGGAGAGAAUUUCCGUCUGGUCUAUGACACCAAGGGUCGCUUUGCUGUUCAUCGUAUAACACCUGAGGAGGCCAAGUACAAGCUGUGCAAAGUGAGGAAGAUCUUUGUGGGCACAAAGGGAAUCCCUCAUCUGGUGACCCAUGAUGCUCGCACCAUCCGCUACCCUGAUCCCCUCAUCAAGGUGAACGACACCAUUCAGAUUGAUUUGGAAUCUGGCAAAAUUACCGAUUUCAUCAAGUUUGACACCGGUAACCUGUGUAUGAUCACCGGAGGUGCCAACCUGGGAAGAAUUGGUGUGAUCACCAACAGAGAGAAACACCCUGGUUCUUUUGACGUAGUUCAUGUCAAAGAUACCACUGGCAAUAGCUUUGCCACCAGGCUCUCCAACAUUUUUGUUAUCGGCAAAGGCAACAAACCAUGGAUUUCCCUUCCCCGUGGAAAGGGUAUUCGUCUCACCAUUGCUGAAGAGAGAGACAAGAGAUUGGCGGCCAAACAGUUGGUGAAAUGAGCUGACGUGACAUUAGAAGAUAAUGCAGCAUGGGGGCAGGGGGAGGGGGAGAUGGGGGAAAUGGACAUGCCCACUAAUAUGCUAAUAAUUCAUAACCUAAAUUUCAUUCUCUUUUCCUGUGGGACUUAACAGCUAAAUAAGUAUGACAGUCCUUUACCCUAAAGUCAUUCUCACUUCAACCUCUUCCUUUUUUAAUAUAUCUGAGUUAGUUCGUUGUACUUUUCAGUUUGUAACCAGCUAUCUGCUCCUGAAAAGCUCUUACUUCACUUAUUUGUUUAUUUCCUUUUAGUCACAUUUCUUACUUCCUAUCUCAUAGCUGCAUAGGCAAUUACUCUGAUGUAUUUUCAACAUAUAUUUGAGUUUGUAGGUUUCUAGCAAAAUAAGGAGUUUUGUUUUGACUUUAUGUAAUUAUAAUUGAAAUGCAAAUACAGAUUUUAGUUAAUAACAAUAUUAAUAUUGGUUUACUAAAUGUAACAAAUACACCAUACCACUGUAGGAUGUUAGUAAUUGGUGAAACUGAUGCCAAGUACAUGACAGCUCUGUACUAUCUUAAAUUUUCUGUAAAUGUAAAAUUACUUUAAAAAAUAAAGCCUAUUAAAAAAUG